AUGCUUCAGGCUCCUGAAGAGAGUAAAACUGAAAGACUGACUAAGUAUACUGCUGCUGGGGUAGGUGCUGGUUGUACUUUGCUUGCGCUUUUAGGAAUGAUUUGGAACUCGAUGCGUGGUAACAAUACGAAAGUUCAGAAAUUCAUGAGCAGCUGUGCUCGCGUCUACUCGCAAAAUUCAGUGUAUGUUGUUAAGAUUGUAUUAAUAAAAAAUUCUGAGAAUUAUGCCCUACCUGGGAUCAGGCGAACUCCUGUAAUGCCUGGCAACCAAACAGAUGAUGCUGUAGAUGAAGAUGCAACAGAACUUAAGUUCCCGAAAGAGUUUGAACAAGCUGAUACGUUAUUAACAUCUGAAGUUUUUUUGUUGUUAGAACAUCGGCGUCAGCAGAGUGAACAGAAGGAGGAAAUAGAUGAAAUGAGUGAUGUUUUUGUCAAAACUCUGAAUUAUUCAAGACGAAUGGCUCGGUAUAAAAGUCGUGAAACGAUACGUGCGGUUCGAACGUUAUUAGCGAAUAAGCCGUUGCAUAAAUUUGAAGUUGCACAAAUAGCCAAUCUGUGCCCUGAAUCGGCCGAGGAAGCAAAAGCUUUAAUACCUAGUUUGGAAAAUAAGAUGGAAGAUGACGAGCUGGAUGAACUGCUGAAGGAUCUACACAGCAAAAAAACUUUCCAGUAA